AUGAACAAGGAGGAUGGCAUUGGUGUUUCUCUACAAGUAAGAGAGAAACAGCAGGAAGAUCUUGGAGCUAAGAGGUUUCACCACUGCCCACAUUGUGAUGAGAUUUUCCAAAUUCUAUCAAAGCUAAAAAUACACCUAAAAAUACACACAGGAGAGAAUCCGUAUUCCUGUACUGACUGUGGGAAGAGAUUCACAACAUCAAGGACUCUGACAGUUCAUCAGAGAGUGCACACUGGAAAGAAGCCUUACUCCUGCCCUGACUGUGGAAAGAUUUUCUCUCGACUGGGCCACUUAAAAAGACAUGAACAUAUACAUACAGGAGUGAAGCCUUACUCUUGCUCUGACUGUGUAAAAUGCUACACAACACCAACUGAGCUAGAACUUCAUCAGAGAGUGCACACUGUAGAGAAGCCUUACUCCUGCUCUGACUGUGGGAAGAGUUUCUCUCGACAGGGUUUUUUAAAAGCACAUGAACUUAUACAUACAGGAGUGAAGCCUUAUUCCUGCUCUGACUGUGGGAAGAUGUUCUCUCAACUGGGCAACUUAAAAACACAUGAACGUAUACAUACAGGAGUGAAGCCUUACUCCUGCUCUGACUGUGUAAAAUGCUUCACAACAUCAACUGAGCAAAAAGUCCAUCAGAGAACACACACAGGAGAGAAGCCUUACUCCUGCUCUGACUGUGUAAAAUGCUUCACAACAUCAACUGAGCUAAAAGUCCAUCAGAGAACACACACAGGAGAGAAGCCUUACUCCUGCUCUGACUGUGGAAAGAGUUUCUCUCAAUUGUGCCACUUAAAAAGACACCAAGGUAAACAUAAAGGAGAGAAGCCUUACCACUGAUCUGACUGUAGAAAAUGUUUUAAAACAACAGCUGAGCUAAAAUGUCGUUAGAGAACAGACACAGGAGAGAAGCCUUACUACUCCUCUUAAUUUGACAAGAGUAACUCAAGUAAAAGUCUAAAGGUAUUUGGUUGUAAAUAUACCUUAGUAUCAAAAGUAAAGGUGAAUAAUUUCAAAUUCCUUAAAUUAACCUCUAACCGGGACGG